ACCCCCCUUGGCGCGAGCCUUCUAUUAGCAGCAGGUCAGGCCAUGGAGCCUGAGGUGUUGACUUUCACGAUCCCGACAGAAAGUAAUAAAAUCGUCUUUGUGUGGAACAUCACGGCGCAGCUACCGGAGGCGGACAUUUAUUGCUCUAUGCAAAAAGUGUUUUCUCACUUUGGACCUCUGUACUCCCUGAAGCUGUUGCCAAAUGCUGGUGUGGCAGAGCCUGGUUACUAUGCCGUCAUAAAGUACUUCUCCUCCCAAAGUGCCAAGAGGGCACAGGCCGCCUGUGACAAGAAGCAUCUCUUUCAGGACACCCCUGUGAAGGUGCAAAUAUGUGUCAAGCAGAAGGGGUUUCCCUACAAGUCUCUGGAGCUGUACAGCCACAAAUGUCAUGAGCUGGCUAACUACUACCUGGGGUUUAAUGGCUGGUCAAAAAGGAUAGUUGCUCUACAGAAUAUUUCUGGUUUGGAUGAUGACGAGGAGGAGGAAUCGGAACCGCAAGAACAGUCAAAACUAAGAUAUCUGUGUGUGGUGGAAGUGACCCUUCCUCACUAUGGCGUUCGUAGCAGAGGAGUCGGAGUGGCAGAAGACAGUAUUACAAAGCAGAAUGAUCCAGUGGAAUUUAUAUCAAAGUCUGGGAAGGUACAAAAGUAUUCUGAGCAAAGGGCUUUAUCUAACGCUUUCCAGAAGAUCCUGUUGGUGGUUUUCGACAGCGGUAAAGUUGCUGUGGAAUAUGUUCCUGGUGAAGAUGAUACCUUGGAUUGCCUAACAGAAGAAGAACUGCAAGGGCUUAUUCAGGUAAAUGACUUUACUUGGACUCCACUGGAUCCAGGAGGAGAAGAUGAAGAGGACUGGGCAGAACUCUCAUUCCAUGAAAAUACUUUGGUAGAUUUAUAAGAGUAGCUUUUUAUACUUGUAAUUUAUAUUUGUACUUUGUUGACAUUAAAUGUAUAAUGCUAUAUUGUGAAAUGUAUUAUUUUGAGUUUCUUUUUGUGCCUUUUCCAUAAACCCUUUUACUGUCAGGGGUUUUUGGACAUUUUACACUUCUGGCUGCCAGUACAAUUUUGACCUGUGCAAAUAAAACCUAAAUUACAAAAUAAAAAAAAUCCAUAUUUUCUGAA